AGUGGAAAGACCGCGUUCCUCAGAUGUGGCGUUGAUCAUCUCUUGUUCAUUCAAGGUUCGCUUGCAAAAUCCAAUUUUUUAUAAGCCAAAUUACAAAGUAGAAUGGAACGGCAUGACGCACAUAUAGUGGAACUUUAAUUCUACUAAACAGGUAAACAUUGUGACUUGAAAAAUGCCGUUGUGUGCAAAAUAGUAAAUUUGACAUUAUAGAAAAAAUCUUGCAUGAUUUCUGAAUGCUAUGUAAAUUUUCUUCGACUGUUGUUGACAGGCGAAUAUUUGGGGGGGGGGUAUUUGUUCCCAGGCUGUCUAAUUAUGUUUCUUCUUCACUGUUCUUGACACUUUGUACCAUAUCCCUUUAAUCUAGCAAGUUGAUACUUUACGGACGCUACAGUUUUAGGAACCAUUACUUUCAAAGUCACUGUCCGGCUUUAUAAAUAGCUGUAUAAUCUUGCUUUCUAGGUGUACCAGUUGCUAUUUCUCAGAAAUUUCAUAAUUUGAUUACAACAGCUUUAUACUAGCAUAUUGUGCAAGUAUUUCGUUACAUUCCAUUUAUCAGGUAUAUCCGUCCUAUCUUUUCGUUACUAUGGGUCAGUUCGUUACAAUUCCAUGAUAUGUCUUAUUUGCAACCACCCUAAUAGUUGGUACAUUCCCUUUGUCUUGAGUCUAACUAGUCGAAAGACUCGGUGGAUGGAGAUGAAUGUCAUAAUCACUGACAAUAAACAGUGUUACAUAGUGUGUUGCAGUAUUGCGUGCUCUAUGCUAGUAAUUCCUUAGCGACUAACUCAUUAAUCUGCAAAAGUUAUUUGUAUCAAUACAUAAUUUAUUUGAUUUCUUGUAUUUUAAGUAACAGUCGAAUUAAAUUUAACUCUCCUCCCUUUUUUCAGGUUUUAUAUCUUAUCAUAAUUAGAAAAGUGAUAUUUGUGUUGAGGAAAAUGGAUAUUUGUCGGGCUGUGAAAAAUUAUCUUAACAGAAUGAUUUCAGUAGCUGAUGGUGGUAUGAAAGUAUUAAUGGUUGACCAAGAAACAUUGAAAAUAGUCAGUGUAGUUUGUUCAAUGUCUGAAAUUAUGAAAUAUGAUGUCUAUUUAAUUGAACGUAUUGAUGCACCGCGUGAAUCUUUGGAACACUUACGUUGUAUUUGUUUCUUAAGACCAACAAAAGAAAAUAUUAAUUUUUUAUUUAAAGAAUUAAGGAGACCAAAUUACUUAUCCUACCAUUUAUUUUUCAGUCAUUCUAUAACUAAACAGUUACUGAAACAAUUAGCAGAAGCUGAUGAAAAUGAAUUAGUGGUAGAAGUCCAGGAGUACUUUGCUGAUUUCAUCCCAUUAUCACCAUUUUUAUUUGAACUGGACAUACCAAUUAGUCUAAAUGAAAGUAGAAAUUUGAGAGACGGUGUGUUGAAUCGAUCAACCGAUGGUCUAACAUCCGUAUUAUUAGCCUUAAAAAAAUGUCCAAUUAUACGCUACCAGAAUGCUUCAGAGGUUGCACGUCAACUAGCUGAGUCGAUACGGUCAUUUAUAUCACGAGAAACUGUAAUAUUUGACUUUAAGCAAUCAGAACCUGUUCCUGUCCUGCUUAUAUUGGAUAGAAGACAAGAUACAGUUACACCGUUACUAUCACAAUGGACAUAUGAAGCUAUGGUUCAUGAGUUGAUUGGUAUUACACAGAAUCGUGUUAGUUUAUCUAGAGCGCCAAAUGUCAAGUCGGAAUUAAAAGAGAUUAUUUUAAGUCGUGAAUUUGAUGAAUUCUAUCGAACUAAUCAAUUUUCCAAUUUUGGUGAUAUUGGUCAAUCAAUUAAACAACUUAUAGAAAACUUUCAAAAAGCUUCUAAAUCUGUGGAUACCAAAAAUUUAGAAUCAAUUGGUGAUUUAAAACGAUUUUUAGAGAAUUUUCCUGCUUUUCGUAAAACAUCCGGUACUGUCGAUACACAUGUUACAUUAAUGUCAGAAUUGUCUAGGAUUGUUAAAGAACAUGCUUUGCUAGAAAUAAGUGAAGUAGAACAAGAACUGGUAUGUCGUGAUAAUCAUUCUUCAAUCUUAUCACGUAUUAAAAGUUUAAUAAGCGACCCAAGGAUUCUUCUCUCAGAUGCCUUAAGAUUAGUUCUUCUUUAUGCUUUACGUUAUAGCAAGCAAAAACAAGAAUUAGCUGGAUUAAUUCAAUCACUUGUUACACGUGGCGCGACAGAUGGUGAUAUUCGAACUAUUGACAACUUAUUAGAAUAUUCUUGGCCGGUCUCAGUUUUCGAUGGUUUCGACUUAUUUCAUGUCAUGAAGACUGGAAGUGUCAACACAACAACAACACCACUUGUUGAUGGUCAAACAGCCACAAAAGCAAUGGCUUCAUUAAAAAAACGUUUAGUUCAAGAACUAAAAGGUGUCAAUAAUGUUUAUACACAACAUGAACCAUUGUUAGUUGAAAUUUUGAAUAAAUUAAUUAAAGGUCAGUUGCCUGAUGCUUCAUUUCCAAGUUUAGCUACUGGUACUUCUUGGAAAACUAUACCUAGUGGUCAACGUCCAAAAGAAAUUAUUGUAUUUUUCAUUGGUGGUGUUACUUAUCAAGAAGUUUGUAGUUUGCAUAGAAUAAAUUGUUCCACACUGGGUGUCGAUAUUGUUUUAGGUGGUACAUGUGUUCAUAACUCAAGGACGUUUUUGCAAGAAGUUUGUUCAGUGACAAAAAGUGUCGGCAUUGCAAAAUCAUCAAAUUCUGUGGAACCAACCCGUCGUUUAUAUGGAAAUUCAAGAAGUAACAUCCUUUACGGAUUAUUACAAUAAAUAUUAGUAGUACUAAUUAUUAUUGUUGUUCGGAUUAAAUGCACAUCUUAUCUGUUGUCCAAUUGUCUGUGAUAAUCGUUUCAUUUUUUGUUGUCUUGUGUACCUUAAUUUUUUCAAUAUACGUAUUGCGUCAGC